GGGGGUAGUUCUGUGCCUAAGAGAAGAAGAAGGCAGGCGGAGUUCCCAGCGCUCCCUCCCACGCGCACCGCUGCUGACCGGGGACAGCUGGCGGCCGGCCGGACAAAGCGGAUCAGCGCGGCGCGGGGGGCGCGCCAGGCCGUCCCCGUCCCCGUCCCCUCCGCGCGCCUCGGCCCCCCUGCUUAGGACCCGGCGGACACCGCGUCCCGCCCACGCCUCCCCUCUAACCCACCCAGCCUUUGAAAUCAUAAGGCGUAUGGAUUAUCUGCCUCAAAAGGCCGUCAAGUAGUCACAGCGAUAGAGUACCAAGAGGCUAUUUUAGCCUGUAGAAAUCCAAAGAAGCCCAUUUCCUCCAGAUUAGAGUGGAAGAAACUGGGGCGGGGCAUCUCCUUCGUCUACUACCAACAGGCUUUCCAAGGUGAUUUUAAAGAUCGAGCUGAGAGAAUAGAUUUCAGUAUACGGAUCAAAAAUGUCACAAGAAAUGAUGCUGGGAAAUAUCGUUGUGAAGUUAGUGCCCCAUCUGAGCAAGGCCAAAACCUGGCAGAGGACACAAUCACUCUGGAAGUACUAGUGGCUCCAGCAGUUCCAUCGUGUGAAAUACCCUCUUUCGCUCUGAGUGGAACUGUGGUGGAGCUGCGAUGUCAAGAUAAGGAAGGUAACCCAGCUCCUGAAUACAUAUGGUUUAAGGACGGCAACCGUUUGCUAGAGAACCCAAAACUUGACUCCGGAAGCGCCAACAGCUCAUACACAGUGAAUACAAAAUCUGGAACUCUGAAAUUUAACACUGUGUCCAAGCUGGACAGUGGCGAAUAUUCCUGUGAAGCCCGUAACUCUGUUGGAUAUCGCAGGUGCCCCCAGAAACUAAUGCAAGUAGAUGAUCUCAGCAUAAGUGGCAUCAUAGCUGCUGUAGUAGCUGUGGUCUUAGUGAUUUGUGCGUGUGGCCUCGGUGUGUGCUAUGCUCAGAGAAAAGGCUACUUCUCAAAAGAAACUUCCUACCAGAAAGGGAGCGCUGCAUCUAACGUGACCACAGUGAGUGAGAACGAUUUCAAGCACACAAAAUCCUUUAUAAUUUAAGAAAUCUACUUUCAAGAUACACCAAAACUACGGUUAUUACCCAAGUUAUUAAAGUAUUAUAAAACUCUAUUGUUUUACAUUUGGGAAGAAGCUGUACAUGAGGAAAUGAAAUUGGUAUUUUACUGUAAUUUUUAUGACCUUUACUUAACUCACCGGAAAUUAACAGUUCUGUCAUCACCUAAAAUACCAUGUGGCUUCUUGUGUCUGGACUAAAAAAAAAGUAACCGAAAUAUUCUGUAGUAAUACGGGAUUUGCGAAAUAUUAACAAAUAACCUAACUUCCGGAGAAAGCACUGUUGCAUACUGAUUGUGAAGUUAAUCCACAAAUUAUGAACUGAACAGAUCCUCUGUGCAAGAGUCUGCUUUAGGAGGGUUCAGAAAACACAGACAUGCAGAAGGAAACCUCUGUCUCAUUUCUACCAGAAUCUUCCUGUCUUCCCAGUAUAAUCCUUAGGCUACUGCUCAUUUAUCACUAAGUAUCCACAGAAGGGAGGCAGUGGGGCUGGAUUUGCACUCUCCUCUUACUUUUAUUUCUGAGAACCAAGAACAAGAGAAAUAGCUGAUGAUUAGAGCUCACACACACCUACUGUCUCAUGGAUGACACACUUUUGAGACGCAGACACAAGCCCGUGCGGCUUUCUCACCUCUCUCCCCAGGACCUCUCUGAAGAGGGUCUGGGAGCUCGACAUCAGAACUUGCCCCUAGAGCCUGCCCACUUCUGCAGAUACCUUUCUCUGCCUGAGUGCUUUGACUUCACAGUUCUCUGUCCUUCAAAGCCAGUCAAUGAAAUUCUGGGCUGGCCUGAGUCCUUGGUUAUCGUCAGGGGGCUGCCAGUCCUUCUUAUGGCAAGGAAUAUGGAGGGGAGAAAUACGAAUGAACGAGCUCACCGUGCAAUUCCCUACAUCCAGCACCCUGCUUGACACAAAGGAGGCACAUGAGAAACCAUGCCUGAAAUUUAAAAAGGAAACAAAACGGGUCUGGCAUGUGUUUUCUGAACUGAAUAAGGAGGCCUCUGGCUAAUGCUACAAUAAAUUCCAAUGAUUCGUUUAAUAAUAACAGCCAUAAUAAUAAGGCUAUGUUUUAAAAGCAUUAUCUUUCAGAAUUGAUUUUGACUGUUCAAUCCGCAUUAAAAACAAAACACCUCAGGUACACCCUGUUCGAGGCAAAUCUGGAUGUAAAGAUCACUUACUACCUUUGACAACACUGAAAAUGUUAAUUUGCUUUCAAAGGAAUCUGCUUUUAUCCAGUACAAAGCAGAUGUCCAGGAUUCCUGGAACUAAACGUCUAAUGAGUGCCUGGGCACCAGGGCCCUGGGAAGACGCCUGUUGUCAGCCCGGCCCCCUUUGCCUUGUGUGUGGCAUUCACUGCUUCUCACAAGACUCCGCCCAUAAGUCUGGCCUGUGUAACACGGCUGCAUCUCCAAAGUCCAAUUAUCACUGUAUUAGUCAAGGGUUGCCAGGCACUUUCUGUAAAGGGCGAUACUGGGUAUUUUAAGACAUAUAGUUCCUGUAACUACUUGAGCCUGCCAUUACAAAAGCAGCCAUAGAGAACAAGAAAGCACAAGUACAUGUCCAUUUUCCAAUAAAACUUUAUUUAUAAAAACAGGCAGUCAGGAUUUAGCUCAGUUUAACCCCUGGUGGCAAAAGACAAA